GCCACAGACCAAAGAGUAACAGAACGGGGCAGGGGCAGUUACCUCCGCUGCUGAAUCAGUUCACUUACAGGCAACGCUGUGCAUUUACCCCUGUGAGGUAACACUAUAAUGCUUAUAACGGAGAAGCGAGCCAAGCCGGUAAAUGAAGACGCAGGUCGUUGUUUGGGUUGUUAUAAUUAGCUAGCUUCAGCUAACGCGGAAGGCAGGCGGGCAUCCCCACGAGUACCCAAUGAUUAGCUGAACGGACACAAUACUGAGCUCAUUUUACAAGGAAUUUCCUCCUGGGUGAAGGAUGUCUAAACGCCUGAGAAACGCUGAAGUCUGCGCUGAUUGCAGUGUUACAGAGCCACGCUGGGCCUCGGUGAACAGAGGUGUGUUGAUUUGUGAUGAGUGCUGCAGUGUUCAUCGAAGUCUGGGCAGACACAGCUCUCAAGUCCGCCACCUAAUGCACACACCAUGGCCUUCUACACAGCUUCAGAUGGUGCAGACGUUAUACAGCAAUGGUGCAAAUUCAAUAUGGGAGCACUCCCUCCUGGACCCUGCAUCUGUGAUGAGCGGAAAACGCAAGGCUAACCCUCAGGACAAAUUGCACCCAAACAAAUCAGAAUUCAUAAGAGCCAAAUAUCAAAUGCUGGCAUUUGUUCAUCGCAUGCCUUGCCGGGAUGACGACAGCUUGACAGCCAAGGAUUUAAGCAAGCAACUUCACUCAAGUGUACGCACCGGGAAUCUGGAGACUUGUUUGAGGUUGCUCUCUCUGGGCGCGCAAGCUAAUUUUUUUCACCCUGAAAAAGGAAACACUCCCUUGCAUGUAGCUGCAAAGGCCGGACAAGUAUCUCAGGCUGAACUUUUAACUGUUUAUGGGGCAGAUCCUGGAGCCCCUGACAGCAAUGGCAAAACUCCCAUUGACUAUGCAAGGGAAGCUGGCCAUCACGACCUGGCAGACAGACUGGUGGAGGUUCAGUAUGAACUUACUGAUCGGUUGGCGUUCUACCUUUGUGGGAGAAAGCCAGAUCAUAAAAAUAAUCAGCACUUCAUUGUUCCACAAAUGGCCGACAGCAGUUUAGAUUUAUCAGAACUGGCCAAGGCAGCAAAGAAAAAGCUGCAGUCUCUCAGUAAUCAUUUAUUCGAGGAGCUUGCCAUGGAUGUGUAUGAUGAGGUGGACCGACGAGAGACUGAUGCAGUGUGGUUAGCUACACAGAAUCACAGCACCCUGGUGACGGAGACGACUGUGGUGCCUUUCCUCCCUGUGAAUCCAGAAUAUUCAUCAACACGAAACCAGGGACGCCAGAAACUUGCAAGAUUCAAUGCACAUGAAUUUGCAACUCUUGUGAUCGACAUACUAAGUGAUGCUAAGCGUAGACAACAAGGGAAUUCAGUAGCCAGUCCCAAAGACAAUGUUGAACUUAUCCUGAAAAGUGUGGGUGUCAGGCAUUGUAGUGACAGCCAAGACAAUGACCAGCCGGACUAUGAUAGCGUGGCAUCUGAUGAGGAUACAGAUCAAGAGCUCCCCUCAAGCAAAGGAGAUAGGACCAAGAGCCUGGACUCUGACCUCUCAGACAGCCCCAUUACUAUGCAAGAGUACUUGGAUGUGAAGACCGCACUCUCUGCCUCUGAAGCCAAGAUCCAGCACCUCAUGAAAGCGAACAACAACCUGAGUGACGAGCUGAGGCUGAUGCAGAAAAAGCUGCAAUCUCUGCAAAGCGAGAACACCUCUCUCAGGCGGCAGGUCCCAACCAAUAUCUAUCAGAUCCCCAGCGGUUCAGACUACCCUGACCCCUCCAGCCCCUCAGCCUUGAAACGCCGGCAGUCUGCGCGGGCCAGUCGGCCAAUGUCUAUGUAUGAGACCGGUUCAGGCCUGAAGCCCUAUCUCCCUAAAGGAGAAACUCCCUACCCAGAGGAGGGUAUCCCCACCCUGCAACCCUUCCCAUCUCAUACGGAAAGGGGCGCUUUUGUGACCACCUCUUCAUCCCUCCCCUCAUUUCCAUCCACCCUGUCUUGGUCGAAGGACGAAAGUACUCAAAAGGCCUCGAAGUUAGAGAAGCAGAGCAGCAUGCCAGAAAGUGACUAUGACAAUACAUUCAAUGACUCUGAGAUGGAUGAUUCAGGUUUAUACAGGAGAGGGAGGCUGAGGAGCAGUGGCUGGCUGGGGGAGGGCACUUCUAUCCCUGAGCUGGAUGAUCUGGAGAUGGAAUCAGACCCCUCACUUCCCAGCACUGAGGACGUCAUUCGCAAAACCGAGCAGAUCACCAAGAAUAUCCAAGAGCUUCUGCGAGCUGCUCAGGACAACAAACAUGACAGACCGUGUGAGCGUGAAGGUGUGCGCCGGCUCAGGCAUAGCCUGGGAUGUUUCAGCACUUUGGUGCCCUGGGCUGAGAAGUCCCCAUCUCCCCUUCAGCCGCUCAGCCUCCGGUCCCCUGACCCCACCUCCUGCUUCAUACCCUGCUCAGAAAGAAUACAUGUGGCUGUGACAGAAAUGGCUGCCCUCUUUCCCAAUAAGCCACGCUCAGAGACGGUGAGGAGCUCUCUGCGCUUGUUGACCUCCAGUGCUUACAGGCUUCAGGGCGAGUGCAGGAAGGCGGUGCCUUCAGAGGGCUGCCCAGGACCGGACAUGCAGCUGGUCACCCAGCAGGUCAUCCAAUGUGCUUAUGACAUUGCCAAGGCAGCCAAGCAGCUUGUAACCAUCACCACAAAGGAGAAUACCAACUAACAGCAAAGCUGUCAGCAUCUCAGUUUUGUUAUUAUAUUUUUAAAAAUGAUUUUGUUGUUUUUUGUAUUUGUGGUAUAUGCAUGCGUCCUUUUUAAUUUAUGAAUAAUAUAAGUAUGGACAAUAUUUAAAGUCAACUUGGGACAUAAUCUGAGUGUGAAGGGAAAGACUGCAGCUUUACUUAUGGAUACCCGGCUGCUGUAACAGCACCGUUUCUCUUGAUUACUCUCUAACAAUUAGAGUAACUCUCUUUUACUUACAAAUGAUGUUCAACCAGUUCAUUGUGUAAAUACAAUGAGAAGGAAUGAAGCACAGUGAUGAUGUUGGUUAAUGUAAUGUUAUUAGUCCAAAGCCAGACAUGGAUGCUAAACAGCCAUAAACAAGUCAUGAAUCCAUUGUCAUUGAAUGCUAUUGCUAACACUCUUGUAGCUAAAAGGAGCUUCCUCUCAAUUAUUGCACCAUGCAAGUGUCAUCAAACUGUAAGCAAACUGGCUGUUAAGUUACUUCCAUUUAAUGUUCACAACUUCAUUUAUGCACAUUUUGUAGCUCUGCAAUGCUAAUGUUUGUUGCAUAGAAAAGCUAUUUAUAUGGUUUGUCCCCUGUCCAAGUGUAAUCCAGUCUGCAGUGCACUUAUUGCAGCUAUUUAUGUAUACCCAUUUGUCAAGUCAGUGAAUGCAAAUAACACUUGUUCAGGGGCCAAGUUAUAUUCUUCACCAGCAGCAAGUUGUUGUUGUUGUAUUAAGUUAAAAAAUGAUUUGGUGUGUUUCUACAAAGCUCCUCUCUGCACUGUAUUAUGCAGUCUUGUGUGCCACUGCAGUGUUGGUGAUGUUAUGAUGAGAGCUAAUAACCAUAUGUAUGUCCAUGUGUUUUGUGCUCUGUUCUGUUGCUGCUAGUUUUGUAUUUAAUGUGCAACAUAUGGGAUAGAUCUCUUAGGCGUCUCCUGUAUAACUGUGCAGCACAAGAUUCAUCCUCACCAAGUGUUUCCGAGGUCAUCAAUGAAAUCUGAUCAAGGUAAUGUCCCUCUCUGUACUUGAAUGGAGUGCAGGGAUGUAUGUCAUGCAGCUCUGAAGUUGCAAUUCGGGAAAAAAAAUUACUAUUUUCUAAAUAAACUUAAUUUAUAAAUAUAA